AGAGAGAGAGAGAGAGAGAGAGAGGAUGGCAGAAAGAGAGCAAGAAGAGGAGCGAGAAGAAACCCACGAGCAAGAAGAGCAGAGAGAAGAAACCUGCGAGCAAGAAGAGCAUCCAUUGGAGGAAAGAACCCUCCAUCUCCUGCAUGAUUCGAAGAUCGAUCAAGAGUUUUCGGAAGCAAAGCAGAGGAAGAAGGGAGGGAAGAAGCACAAGGUGAGAUGGAUGAAGCGGCCGAUGGCAAUUCCGGAAGUAAUCCUCGAGUUCCGAAAUGAAGAUUUGAGAGAAAAUGCACUUCGAUGCCUCAGCAAUUUCCUACUCGAGAGAAGGGAAGAAGAUCCAGACAACUACUGCAGGGCUGGAUUCUUGUUGUUCAAUUCCUGUGUUACAAUGACCAUCUUGAUGCAGGAGGUGGUAGAAUUCUAUAGAAAGAUGGUAGAUGGGACUCUUAACAUAAGAGCUUCCAAACGUGUUGCCAAUGUUCUCACCCUUUUCCAGAGUAUUGCUGCUAAUGGUGAAACCAGGCAGAAAUUCGUCAACUCUUGUGUUCCAAACUUCUUAAUACCAUUGAUACUGUUCCAAAGCCCAGAAGAGAUAUAUGAGGAUGUCCGAGCAAUAUCCCUCUCAGUCAUUGGAAUCUUAUGCCAGGCUAGAGAACCCGAAGUCAUUCAGUGGGCCAUUGAGAGUGAUAUGGUAGAAGUCUGUCGAACUAGUAUAGAGAUUGGGAAUGAACUUUCCAAAGUGAUUGCGAUGCAUAUCCUUGAAUCUAUGCUACAAGAUCGGUCAGGGAUGUCGUACAUUUGCAACCCUUUGUGCAGUCAUCUGCUUAAAGGACUGAUGGAGACAUGGAAGCAUCUGGUUUCCCUUCUGGCUGUGUACCAAGACUUCUCUCCUCGUCUCCUCUUCCAUAUUAUCCGAUGCUAUGUCCUGCUUUGUAACCAUUCCACGGGAUUAAAUACUGUGAUGGAAAGUCUCCCUGAUCCUAUUGAGAACGACACCUUCCAAGAUAUCACAGAGGAGUUUCCAAUAAUCGGGAAUUUGCGCCGUCAGCUUCUCCUAAACAUUGGAGUCGAAAUGGAGUUUCCAAUCCCAAGCGAAACAGUUAUCAUCCACCCAAUUAAAGAAAAAACCUCCACCAACCACAACCAUUGGUUUUUUGACUCCUUUACCAUGGACAAGAUGCCGCUGAUGGUGAUUGAUCUCGACCAAGACUUCAACUCACCAACAUCUCUCGAUCACUUCGCACCCCUCUUCUCAACUGGGAAAGGAACAACUGGUCUUCAUUUGGUGAGCAGCAGUGAGUGGGAAGCAGAAUCAUGCACAUUCAAAAGGAACUAGCAAGAGUUCCGAAUUCAUCCAAGAAUUCAUGUGAUGGAAUCAUUUUGCUGUUUCCUACAUCGACCACAUUCCCAUAAUCAAACCACUUGUUUCUAUCAUACAUAUCGAUUACAUUCCUGUAAUCAAAUCACUUCUCUCUAUUGUAGACUGCAUUCCUGCAAUCAAACAACUGCAAUCAAAUUGCUGAAUUGAAAUCACUUAUCUGUAUCUUACCUAUCAUUCGACCGCAUUCCUGUAAUCAAUCGCAUCUCUGUAUCAUGUGAUUCUUAUGAUUCAUACGUAUGGACAUUCGUUCAGAAAUCAGUGCAAUAUGUAUGUGGGCAUUCUU